CAAGUCCUUUUCAAGUUCAAAUGUUUCCCUUUCUCCUUUGAUUCCUGUUAUGAAGCACAGCUCCCGUUAACUCAUGACUCAGAGCCGGACAAAUCACACAGGUGUUUUCAAUUAGGCCUACUCUAAUCAGAUGGAUAUCACUAAUGAAAACACCUGAGUGCCUAAAAUAUAUCAACCAAUCCAAAGUAGGCUAGAUACUUUAUGUAGUUAAAAAGGAGUAUUACAAUAAAAAAAAGUCAACUCAUCUAUCAAAUGCUGUAUUGAAUGAAUUAAUGUAUUUGGUGGCUCAUGGGGGAAUUGGGAUAAACAGCUAUUUAGCCAUUGUCAGUUUAACAAUUGUUGCGUAACAUUUAUGUCAUAUGAUGGGGGAAUUAUUUAAAAGUCACUACACACAGUCUGCAUGAUGGUUCUGUGUGCAUUGAGGCGACAACUCCUGAGCAGAAGCAGCUGUGGAGCCUGGGCUAGGCUGUUGCAGAGACAGAGCCGGGGCUGUGUGUACUCGAUUACCCACGGCUUCAACCAGGACGAGAUCCGAGAGAAGCUGCAGGCCUUUCCUGGAGGAUCCAUUGAUCUUCUCAAACAGGAGUCAGGCAUCGCUGUGCUGACCAUCAACAACCCUGCCCGCAUGAACGCCUUCUCUGGCAGUAUGAUGGUGGACCUGGAGGAGAGGGUGAGCCAGCUGGAGAGCUGGACGGACUGUAAAGGCCUCAUUGUUCAGGGUUCUUCUGGAACUUUUUGCUCUGGGUCGGACCUCAACGCUGUCAGGGCGAUUUCAAACCCACAGGAUGGGAUGAAGAUGUGUAUGUUCAUGCAGAAUACACUAACAAGACUACUCAGGCUGCCUCUGAUCUCAGUUGCUCUGGUGGAGGGGAGAGCACUAGGAGGUGGUGCAGAACUCAUCACUGCCUGCGAUUUCAGGUUAAUGGCAUCUGGCAGCGUGAUCCAGUUUGUCCAUAAACACAUGGGUCUAGUCCCGGGCUGGGGCGGUGCCGCUCGACUCGUCCGCAUCGUAGGAAGCCAGCAUGCACUGAAGCUACUCGGUGGCGCGCUCAAGGUGGAACCAGAACUCGGCCUGCAGAUUGGACUGGCAGAUGGGGUCUUGGAGGCAGAAGAGGAUGCCCUCCCUCUACAGCAGGCUGAAGACUGGCUCAGUCGUUACACAAAAGGAGCUGCCCCAGUGAUCCAGGCUGUGAAGAAGGUGGUGCUGUCAGGACGAGAGCUUCCCCUGUCUGAUGCUCUGAGAACUGAGAAGGAUGUAUUUGGGACGGUUUGGGGGGGUCCGGCUAACCUGCAGGCUCUGGCCAGCAAACCCAAACACAAAUGAGCAUCUCUAAGAGCUUCUCCUUCCAGCUGUGAUGUCCAUCUGAGCCAAAGAGAGGUACUCUGGACUGAAAUGGAUAAACUUCCUUUGCUCUUUGCUGUGCUGAAGACAUUUACAGUUCCUUUUCGUAUAGGUGAAUGUUGUGUAUAAAAAGUGCACUGGAUGAUAAAGGGUUUCCUCUUUAUGGUUAAGAACUACAAACAAAACAUUAUCAGUGCAGUACUGUCAAAUACUAAGAGUGGAUAUUGUUUUGCAUACUUGAAUGCUCUUUGGUAAUCCUCUGACGUGUUGUGCCUGAUUGUCAUGAAAGCAAGAGCAGAGUUACAAAUAUAUUAAACAUUGCUGAUAUAGACAGA